AGUUUUUUCAACUCACCUUAACAAAAUUCCACGAAGUGACGGGUGCAGAAGAUAGGCUGCACCAACUGGUAAAUCGCGAAUCAUGAGCUUCCGAUUAUGGGGUCGAUGCAUUUUUUUCUUCUGCUUCUUGCUGGAAGCCAUCGAUUCUAGAGGAGGUCGUCGAGGCGGAAAAGGAAAGGGAAAGAGUAAUCUGCAAUUUGCACAAGUUGCAGAAUUUUCGUUGGUUCAAACGGUUUUGUCAGAUAAUAGAAGUGCUCAAAUCAUAACUGGCUCUCACUUCAGUCAAACAUAUCGGCUUGGAUACAAACUACUUAUCAUUUGCAAAGCUCGUGGAGAUCCUAGACCGACAAUUAAAUGGUAUAAGGAAGGUGCUGAAAUUCAACCAAAAGCUAGCAUUCACUAUUACGAAAAGCCAAUCGAAAAUGAUACAAUUUGGAGUAAAUUAGAAGUUGAUCCGGCAACAAUGGGCGAUCAGGGUGUCUAUGCAUGUGUGGCUAAUAACCCGCACGGAGUAAUGGCAAAGAAUUUUAAAGCAGAAUAUACGUAUUGAAUAAAGAUUUUUCACAAAUCAAA